CCACGCUGGAGGCGCGAGGAGGAACCUGUCCGCUCUUUCUUUUUUAUUUAUUUUUUAAAAUCCCGCACAAACACACGGAUAAUACAACAACAACAACAACAACAACAACAGAGAUAACAACAACAACAACAAUAAGAACAACAACAACAAACAACAGGAAAGAUGCUUUUGCUGCUGCUCUUUCCUAUGGUUACCCUUUCCACUCUGCGCGUUUUCAGCGGAGCGUCUGCCGCCACGCACCAUAACUGUAAUGGUCCUCUGGUUUCCACGUUGCCACACUCGUCCUUUCAAAGCUCGUCUCAGUCCUCGGUCAGUUACGCUGCGUACAACGCCAAGCUGAACAGGAGAGAUGGAGCAGGGGGGUGGUCUCCCCUGGUAACAGACCAAGAGCCCUGGCUUCAGGUGGACCUCAGGGAGCAGAUGGAGGUGACGGCCGUGGCCACACAGGGACGAUACGACAGCUGGGAUUGGGUCAGCAGUUAUCUUCUGCUGUACAGCGACACGGGCCGAGGCUGGAAACAGUACAGGCAGGAGGACGGUGUGGGGAGAUUUGCUGGGAAUGUGAAUUCAGAGGCCGUUGUCCUGAACAAGUUAUCCCACUCCAUAAAAACCCGCUUCCUGCGUUUCAUCCCUUUCAACUGGAACCCUAGCGGCUGGAUGGGUCUGAGGGUGGAAGUAUAUGGCUGCUCCUACAAGUCUUACGUGGCAGACUUUGACGGCAGAAGCUCCCUGCUGUAUCGGUUCAACCAGAAGUCCAUGUCGACAGUGAAGGACGUGAUCUCUCUGAGGUUCAAGAGCCAUCAGGCUGAAGGUGUGCUGCUGCAUGGAGAGGGACAGAGAGGAGAUUACAUUACACUGGAGCUUCACCGAGGAAGACUGGACCUCUACCUCAACUUAGAUGACAGCAGGCUGAGGUUCAGCAGCCGCCGUGUUCCCGUCACAGUGGGUAGCCUGCUGGACGAUCAGCACUGGCACUCAGUCCUUAUAGAGCGCUUCAACAAGCAGGUGAACCUCACAGUGGACUCCCACACACACCGCUUCCACACCGGAGGCGAAGGGCACUCCAUGGAGGUGGACUACGAGCUGAGCUUCGGCGGUAUCCCACUGCCUGGUAAGCCCGGCACCUUCCUCAGGAAGAACUUCCACGGCUGCAUGGAAAACCUCUACUACAAUGGAAUCAAUAUCAUCGACCUGGCAAAGAGACGCAAGCCACAGAUACACAGUGUGGGCAACGUGACCUUCUCAUGCUCGCAGCCCCAGCUGGGGGCCUGCACUUUCCUGAGCUCCACCAGCAGCUUCCUGUCACUUCCAUCAGCAACGUCUGCCACAGAGGGUUUCUCCGUUCGUUUCCAUUUCAGGACGUGGAACGCAGAUGGGCUGCUGCUCUCUGCACCGCUCGUUCCAGAGCCCCAGAGACUGGAACUGCAGAUCACUAACACCCGGCUGCAUCUGACCCUCCACAGGUCAGGACGCCACAAAUCCGAGGUCUCCACCGGUCACACACUCAAUGAUGGACUGUGGCACUCUGUACGUCUGGACACCAGAAACCUGCAGAUCACUUUGACGGUGGAUAAUGAGCCAUCCUCCACCAUUGAACUGUGGGAAGAGCUGGAAUCAAAAGGCAACUUUUACUUUGGAGGUUGCCCCACUGUGGAGUGUCAGUACGCGACUGCAGCUUUCCAGGGCUGUAUGCAGCUGAUAUUCAUCAACAGCCAGACAGUGGAUCUCAGUCAUGUACAACAAGGACUGCUGGGAAGUUAUAAUGAGCUUCAGUUCCAUACAUGCAAUAUACGAGACAGAUGCCUUCCUAAUCUGUGUGAACACGGAGGUCGCUGCUCUCAGUCGUGGAGUUCCUUUUCCUGUGACUGUUUGGGGACUGGAUACUCUGGAGGAACCUGUCAUAACUCCAUCUACGAGGCGUCCUGCGAGGCAUACAAACUGAUAGGCAGCUCCUCCGGCUUCUACUCCAUUGAUCCUGAUGGGAGUGGUCCCCUGGGGCCCACACAGGUAUACUGCAACAUGACAGAGGGGAAGGUGUGGACGGUGGUGACUCACAACAGCACAGCUCCAGUCACGGUCCAGGGGUCUUCUCUCCUCAAACCCCACAUCAUGACGUUAAACUACAGCACUUCAGCCGAUCAACUCCACGCCAUCGUCGCGGGGUCAGAGCACUGUCAGCAGGAAGUGGUUUACAACUGCAGGAAGUCCCGACUUUUUAACUCAAAAGAUGGCAGCCCUCUGUCCUGGUGGCUGGACCGAGAGGGGGAGCGGAGGAGCUACUGGGGAGGCUUUCUGCCGGGGGUUCAGCAGUGCUCCUGCAGCCUGGAAGAGAACUGCGUGGACAUGAACUACUUCUGCAACUGCGACGCUGACAAAGAGACAUGGGCUAAUGACACGGGGAUCCUCUCCUAUAAAGACCACCUCCCAGUGAGCCACAUGGUGGUUGGAGACACAAACAGAACAGGCUCGCAGGCUGUGUACCACAUCGGCCCUCUGCGUUGUUAUGGAGACAAGACCAUGUGGAAUGCAGCCUCUUUCUACCAGGAGUCGUCCUACCUCUACUUCCCCACCCUCCAAGCGGAGCUCGCCUCUGAUAUCUCCUUCUACUUCAAGACCGGCUCCCCUUCAGGAGUCUUUCUGGAAAAUUUAGGCCUCAAGCAUUUCAUCAGAGUGGAGCUGAGCUCUCCCUCCACCGUGACGUUCUCUUUUGAUGUGGGAAACGGCCCCGCGGUCUUGUCCGUGAAGUCCCACCUCCCUCUGAAUGACAGACAGUGGCAUUACGUGAGGGCAGAGCGUAAUGUGAAGGAGGCCUCGCUGCAGGUCGACGAGCUCCCCCUGCGCUUCAUGGAGGCUCCGGCCGAAGGAUACCUCCGCCUGCGUCUCAGCAGUCAGCUCUUUGUGGGGGGGACAGCGUCCCAGCAGAGAGGCUUCCUGGGCUGCAUCAGGACUCUUACCAUCAACGGCGUGAGCUUUGAUCUGGAGGAACGGGCCAAAAUGACGCCGGGGGUGAGCUCUGGUUGUCCCGGAUACUGCAGCGGUUCCAGCAGCCUCUGCCACAACCGGGGGAGGUGCAUCGAGAAGAGCAGCGGUUACGUCUGCGACUGCUCCCAGUCAGCGUACGGAGGAACCGCCUGUGAUCAAGAGGUGUCGGUGUCCUUCGACAGAGAGUCCUCGGUGACCUACACCUUUCAGGAGCCUUUCUCGGUGAUGCAGAACAGAAAUUCGCAGGCCUCCAGUGUUUCCACAGAAAGCAUCAGCAGGGCCAGAGAGGACGUAGCCUUCAGCUUCAGCACCACUCAGAGUCCAGCCAUGCUUCUGACCGUCAGCACCUUCAGCCAGCAGUACAUCGCUGUCAUCCUCGCCAAGAACGGGAGUCUGCAAAUCUGGUAUCAACUUAAGACGAACAAAAAUCCAGACGUGUUCAGCCCCAGCUCCAGUAACAUGGCAGACGGACGACUCCACCGAAUCAGACUCCACCGGGUCAGCAGGAAUGUCUACAUACAGAUCGACCAGGACAUCCACAGAAAGUACACACUGUCAUCUGAUGCAGAGCUGCUCUUAAUCAGAUCCUUGACAUUGGGCAAAGUCAUCAGACGCGAGAACUUCCAUGAAGAGGUGAUCCAAGCAGCUGCGAAGGGUUUCAUCGGCUGCCUCUCCUCAGUCCAGUUCAACCAUGUGGCACCGCUAAAGGCAGCGCUGACAAAUCGAGGAAGCUCACUAAUCACUAUUCGUGGUCCACUGGUCGAGUCAAAUUGCGGUGCACUUUCAGACUCCGCUUCACACACAAUGAAAGAUCAAGCUGUAACGGCAACAAAAGAGAAGGAGCAGCAUGAUAAUGACACCCAGAAGGAUUUCGCUGUGAUAGCAGGUGUGGUCACAGCAGUGGUCUUCAUCGCCGUGUGCGCUCUGGCUGUGAUAACCCGCCUUCUGUACCAGCACCGGCGGGCCCAGAGGAGCAUCAAGGAGGAGCACAGACACAGCAUGUACACGGACUACAGAACAGAGAUGCACAUCCACAACUCAGUCAGGGACAACAUGAAGGAGUACUACAUCUGACUACAGGGUGCACUCUCUGGGCCCAAGCCAGAAAAUUACCUCUCUCGUAUAAUGGACUGACAGGUGGAUGAACUGCUGCUGCAUCCCUUAAGACAGAAAAAUCUAUGUGCCCUGGAAGUCCCCCAGGAACACUGCAGACGCCUGUGGCCUGUACUUCACUUUCUUAAUGCUCAAUAACAAGCAAGUGGCUGAAUCUUAACAGCUGUUAGUGUAUUUGAUGUUGGUGAAACUGUCCGAAUAAAUCCACCGUGGUUUCUGUCGUUGCAAAAAUGUGUAAUGCGGGAUGGAUAUUGCUAGGCGUUGACAGAAGGACAACAUAAGCGCAGUGAGCGAAAGCCGCUGCCCAUUUCGGAUGCGCACAACUUUAAUAUUUUGUUUGAAACCUCAGUAUGCUGAAUAUUUUCAUCUUCAGUGGGAUUCACUAAAUUGCAUUGCAAGUCAGGAAAUGUAGGCCAUGUGUAUAAGAUAUGCGUGUAUUUGCUGCUGUCUUCGUUUUGCAGUGGUGGUUUGUAGAUAGAACAAGGGAAGAGGCCAAUACUGCCUAUACUGUAUGAGUGCCUAAUACGCAUAAAAGUUUUUACUUUAACAUUUUUGAAUUUAUUGGUGUGAUUUGCACAAAGGCAGUCAGAUUUACAUAUAGAGGAGCUUAUUGUCAUUCAGUUUUGCAGCCCACACUGCAUAGAAACAAGGAAUUUGAAUUUCUUAGUCAUGCAUGACAUCUGCCAGUUAAGAAUUACCCAUGGUUCACUCUGAUAUUUCUCUCAAAAAUGCUGUUUUCACUGAACUGUUUAAAGCAGCAUGGAGAUGACAAACCUUAAAAAAAAAAGGAAAUUCAAUUUGUAGUUUCCACUUCCACGCCUUUAAAUGUAUCAGCCUUUCUGCUUUUUCCAGUUUACUUUUUAAAGUCAGAUCUGAAGUAAUUAGGCCACACAUGACGUAUUAUUUACAUUGAACAUUACAUACAGCAGCUGCCAAAACUGAAUAACACUUUUGCAAUUUUUAAGUAAUUUUACUUUUUCUUUCCAAACAACUGCAUCGGAAGGACUGGCAUGAAGGAAAUUCUGUGAUGUAUUUGCACAAACUGGUAUUCCACAUUUCUGGUGAUUGUGACAACAAAAAUGAGAGCACAAUCACUUUAACUGUGUGCUGACGUUAGUGUCUAAUAGCGUUUUAUAGUGCCUUGCACAUAGGGAGAGUAGAAUCUUGCUAACAUUCUGCACACUCCCGUCAUUUAUCACCUGCAUUUGCAGUGAAGUCACUUAUGGUUUUACAGUUUUGACAUCGCAACAUACACUUAACUUACGCGAUAAACUGAAGCAUGGACAGCAGACAUAGUAAACACAACAUAAACGUACACAUUUAGACAGAAUGUGUCAAAAAGAUCAUUACAGUGUCGCUGAUGUCCACACACUGGGACCAGACGGACCCCACACU